AUGUCGGCCUCAUCGCCGGUCCCCCAGCGGCCCAGCCUCUCAUGGCAGAUAAAGUCAGCCCUGGUCAUGGGAAUGACCGGCGUCAUCUCUCGGGUUUUUCUGUAUGGCUUCAACAAGGUCGAGGUCCACGGUUUGGACCGUUUUUUGGAGCUUUUGGACAGCCGCAAAGACCCCGCGAAUCGAAAACACGGUCUCCUGACUGUCUCCAACCACAUCAGUGUUGUCGAUGAUCCCGUAGUUUGGGGUCUGCUCCCUCUCACUAAAUAUGCCUUCAAUCCGGACAACCUCCGCUGGACCCUCGGUGCGGCCGAUAUCUGCUUCAAGAAUAAACUCUUCGCGUCCUUCUUCACAGUUGGCCAAGUCCUCCCCUGCCAUCGCCUCAAGCACUCUCCCUACGGCGGACCCUUUCAGCCUGCCCUAACCCAAGCCAUCCGCCUUCUCUCGACCCCCAAUCCUCUCCUCUCCUCUAAUUCACCAACCUCACUACCCCUAACGUAUACCACAGACGGCACAGACACCCACCCAUCACCCCUCUCCUUCCCGAAACUCCGCCGCCAUGCCUGGGUUCACGUCUUCCCUGAAGGCUUAGUCCACCAACACGCAUCGACCGACCUUCGCUACUUCAAAUGGGGCGCUGCCCGGCUCAUUUUAGAGUCUGACCCGGUGCCUGAUAUCGUGCCCAUGUUCAUUGAUGGCACACAGCGUGUAAUGCCAGAGGACAGGGGGUUCCCGAAAUUUUUGCCCCGGAUCGGAAAAAAGGUACGGGUGGUGUUUGGGGAAGUGGUGGAUUAUGAGAGGACGUUUGGGGAUUUGAAGAGGCAGUGGGAUGCGCUUGUCGAGAGGGAAAGGAAAAGGUUGGUGAAGGAGGGCGGGGAAAAGGCAAUGAUCUUGCUGAAGCAGAUGAUGCCGGGAGAGUUGCCAACAGAUGAGUUGAAGUAUGGAAAGGAGGCGAGGGAGAUUAGGAUUGAAGUUGCGAGGAGGUUGAGGGAGGAGGUGUUGCGGUUGAGAAGGGAGUUGGGUGGGUAUCCGGAGCCCGAUCCGUCGUUUGCGUUUGCCGAGACAUGGCGGCCAGAUGAUGUUAUUGGGGCGAAGAAGUAUAAAAGCAGGGUCGACGGGAGUAAUAUUAACCAGGACUGA